AACAAUAAUAAGUAAGAGAAGGAAAAAAACCAUCUUUCCUCCUCCUCCCACACCAUCGGCAUAGGCGCGCCGGCGAGUCGGCCACCGAUCCGACCCCCAUGGAGUCCUCCGCACGGCCCUGCCCCGUGAAUGUGGAGGACGAUUUCUACUGGGACGCCGCGGCCGAGGCGGAGCUCCAGGCCAUCGAGGCAGCCUACGCUUCCGAGUCCGCCAAGCGCCGCCGCCUCCCGGACUGGUGCAGCCCCGCCGUCCCCGUGCGCCCACGAACGAAUCCGCUCCCCGCGGCCGGAGCCGCCGACUUGCCAUCGUGGACCCCAUCGCCUCCCACUCGCCGAGUUGCAGAUCGUUCCCUCCACAUUGCGUCGACCAUGGAAAUUGUUUGUGCAAUUGUGUUAAUAAGUUUGUAUGAUACAUCGCACGCAUGCGCGUGGAGGACUGGAGGGGAUAGGGUUCUUGGGGUUACAGUUUCAUCACUUGGAAGAGAAGCCCCCAACUUUGGUGAAAUGGCAGCUAUGCGUGAUUUCUUCCAUGUUGGGUAUGUGAAGGCAAUGCACCAACAAAUAGUUUUCAGCGGUAAGAUAGUAUAUUGCCAGACACCUUCUGAAGUGGAGAAAGCUACAACGGAAAUUUUACGCAAAAUUGAAAAGAUGAAGGCCACUGGCCAGGUCUCCCUCGGUUUUGAUCUUGAAUGGCGACCCUUUCCUAGAAGAGGAGACCCGCCAUGUAAAGUCGCUCUAAUGCAGUUAUGCAUGGACAAAACUCAUUGUUAUGUCAUGCAUAUCAUUCACUCUGGAGUACCUCCUAAAUUGAAGUUCCUUUUGGAGGAUAAUUCAUCAAUUAAAGUUGGAAUUUGUAUAGACAAUGAUGCAAGGAAAAUGUUCAACGAUUAUGAUGUCCGUGUACAGCCAUUAAUGGAUUUGUCUACUGUUGCUAAUGUCAAGUUAGCUGGGCCUCCUAAAAGAUGGAGUCUUGCUGCAUUAACUGAAAUGAUCACAUGUAAAGAGUUACCCAAGCCCAGCAACAUAAGAAUGGGAAACUGGGAGGCUUACACUCUCUCAAAGCAGCAACUUCAGUAUGCUGCUACUGAUGCCUAUAUCUCGUGGUACUUGUAUGAGGUAUUACAGAGUCUUCCAGAUUAUAAUGCUGAAACUGAAAAGGAGAUAGUUUAGGGAACAUAGCAGUAGAUGCACAAUUAAACUGGAGCUUCCAAAAAAGAAGAAGCUAUUUCAUGUCUCCCUAGUGUUCUAUGACUUCUCUUCUCAACCAGGGUUGAGUACGAAGAUAUUUUCCCUUGGUCAAAACCAAAGAACUGAAAGUUUCUCCAACCAUGCAUUGGGAGGCCUGCUGUGCGAAGAUCUUCGCUCUGUUGUAAUUUGUGCUUGUUGUGAUUUAGAUUAUGUUUCUUAGAACUGUUGUGAUUUAGAUGCGUGGUGGUUAACCCCUUCACUAUAAAUUCUUGGAUUGUGCCGCCAUUGUAACUUGCAAGUUGGAUCAAGUACUCUCUCUCCCUCCUUUUUUUUAUUGGAUCAAGUGCUCUUCUAGUGAGAACAGUUUGGGCUAAAUUUUAUUGGCCCUAUUAGUUUGUUUGAUAUCGCCAUUUGGAGUUAGUUU